UGUUUUGCCUAAAUUGAUGUCAUUUUACCCCUGAGCAUAUGCCGAAGUAUCCCACAGCGUUUUCGUUCAUACUUAUUUUCCAAAAAGCUUAAACAAAUAGAAAAGAAAACCUGCUGAUAGCAAUUAUGUGUCUGCGUCUCGUUGGAUCCGCUCUCUGCUGCUGUUGCAAAUUGGGCCUCAAGUGCCUCUGCAUCUUCGCCUGUUCUACGGUCGGAGUUCUAGUCAUAGUUGCCUUGGUCGUUUACUUUUGUUUCUUCCACAACAAAUCGGAGGACUCGACCACAAAGUCUUACUCUGAUUCUACUAUCGACAAGUCCUUGAAGGAUAGCAUAACUACCGCAACGGAAGCCCCUUCGCUCGUCAGAGGAUAUCUCCAACGAAUGAUACAAAGAAUCUAAAAUGCGCAAGGAUACUUAAUAAUCUAUUAAUUAAUAUCGCAUAUCACAUAUCAUAUCCAGAAGUGCGUAAUUUAGGAAAUGGAACCUAGCAAAAGUAUCUUUCAGCGUUCAGAGUUUUACAUUAAACACGAAAUUUGAAGUUGGAGAAAUCGAUAGAUUUGUGUUUUGUGAAUUCCCAACACUUAAAUAUAUAAUUUUAUUAAUAUUUUCCAAGUAAUGUUCUGUCGUUUGUUCAACCCCGCAAUAAAUUCACCCGCAAACGGCCAUAAAAAUCAAUUGAGUGCUUUCGGAUAUAAUUGCUCUGUGCGAGUAUAUACACUAAGCCAAAGCCAUUCUCGUCCAAAUGGAGCACUCCUGGUCAGAGCACUUGGCACUUGGUUAGCUUGGCUUUCACUUAUUUGGCCCGCAAACAAUGGAAAUCUGUGUGGAAAAACCGCCAACCCAUCAAAAGCUGCUGUUGUGUGAAAAAGUGAUGCCAGUAGUUAAUGGUACUUUGUAUGCAAAGUGCAAGACAGAACUAAAGCAAACAAAAGGGCAAAGUCGGUGGAGCUCUGGAGUCCUGGUUCCAUGGAGCCAUGGGGCCAUCGGGCCAUCGGGAAAGUUUGGAAGAAGACGUCCGCCCCGUGGCCACGAAAGCGCCUCUUGGCUGCCAUUUGAUUAUAUAAAAUUUCCGCAUUUUUCCGCUGGUUGUAAGCGUUUAGUGGCAAACAACUGACAGCUGCCGAAAUGUCGGCGAGCGUUUAGUUGCCCCAGCUGCUGCAAAUAUCCCCUGAUGUCUGUGAUGUGAUUAAGAUGGUUAGUCAUUCUGUUUAAGAGCUCGCCCCUAAGCUCUGCGCCACUAAAACGGCAGCCAAGCCAGCGAAGGACUCCCAUGGGCCAUCAAGGAUAUCGAAUCAGUUGCUCGAAAAAAAUUAAUGUCGGUUUAUUUCCUCGAUGCACUUACACCCACUGUGGAUUACGCUUAAUAUCUGCGAUAAAAACACGUUGUAUUCGACCAUGUUUGUGGUUGAUUGCUCUUUAAUAUGCAUUUUAUGUUCAAUGUUCAUAAAUUCUCUGUUUUACGCUACUCGCU